CUUCUGAAGAAGACACUCCUCAUCUGAGAAAACCAAGAGUUUCCAGCGGAACUGUGCAGUGUGAUAUCCCUACAGAAUCGUCAGUGGAAAAAGAAAAAAAUAUCCUGGUGCUAUUGGAGACAUCAGCAUGCCUUUUCUGCUGUGCUUGAAAAAAAAAAAGUCACCUGUGCCUUUUGGCAGGAGUAUCUUUCAAAAACACACCCCUUCCAUCCAGCAGAACUAUCAGGCUUUGCUGGAGUCGUGCUUGAAGAGCAAACGAUUGUUCAYAGACGAUACCUUCCCUGCUCACAUCAGCUCUAUCGGAACAGGAGCACUKCUAAAGAAACUCCCCCGAAAUUUACAGUGGAAGAGGCCACAUGCUUUGCACAAAAGUCCUGUAUUUUAUUCUGCAAACAGAAAACAGCCUGAUCUCUGCCAAGGAUUAGUGGAGAACUGCUGGUUCCUGGCGGCCCUGGAAGCCCUGACGUUCCACCAGGACAUCUUGGCUGCAGUCGUGCCACAAAACCAGAGCUUUGAGAGGAAAUACGCUGGCAUUUUCCACUUCCGGUUCUGGCACUUCGGGGAAUGGGUUGACGUGGUGGUUGAUGAUCGCCUGCCGGUGAAUGAGGCAGGGGAGCUGCUCUUUGUUUCCUCGGUCUACAAGAACGUGUUCUGGGGAGCCCUUCUGGAGAAGGCAUAUGCUAAACUGUAUGGCUCCUAUGAAGAUCUGCAGAUUGGGCAAGUUUCAGAAGCCCUGGUGGAUUUUACAGGGGGUGUCAAUACAAGGAUCAAGCUUGCAGAAGCUCCUCCUGAUCUGUGGGAUAUCCUGACAAGGGCCACCUACAGCAGAUCUCUCAUGGGCUGUCAGACACACUUAGGGGCAACAAAGGUCUUGAAGAAUGGGCUUGUUGCUGGCCAUGCCUACACAGUAACUGGUAUUAGAAAGGUAACCUGUCAAUAUGGACCAGAAAACCUAGUGAGACUGAGAAAUCCAUGGGGAAAAAUUGAGUGGAAAGGAGACUGGAGUGACAGCUCUUACAAAUGGGAGCUGCUGAGCCCAAAGGAGAAGAUUUUGCUGAGGAAAAAGAAGGAGGAUGGAGAAUUCUGGAUGUCUCUGCGAGAUUUUAAGAUUCAUUUUGUAGAUCUGAUGAUCUGUAAAUUAACUCCAGACCUGAUGAGCCAGGAAGAUGGGAAAAAGUGGAUGUACUCCUUGCAGAAGGGCAGAUGGGUUAAAGGAAGUACAGCAGGAGGAAGUCUGGGAUUCUCUAAUGGCAGCUUUUGGAUGAACCCUCAAUACUGGCUGARUGUGUUACCAGUUGAAGACAGUAAGAAAAGCCCAAGUUCAUGCAAUGUGGUUAUAUCCCUCAUGCAGAAGCACAGCAGCAAACACCGGAACCGAGCUCCUCACCUUUUCAUUGGAUUUUUACUCUAUAAGGUGGGCCUACAGUACCAGGAGAGCAGCAGAAAGCUGCCUCCAGGUUUCUUCACCCAACAUCAGCCUGUGAACAAGCACCAGGUUUUCCUUGAUGAGCGGGAAGUGACUCAUGACUUCCAUCUGGAGCCUUGUGUCUAYGUGAUUGUCCCAUGCACGCUGGAGCCUCAGCAAGAGUCGGAGUUCAUCCUGCGGGUCUUCUCCAGGAAGCACAUCCUUCGGGAAAUGGGUGGCAACACGAGYUUCACCCUCUCUAAGGAAAUUGUUGAUAGGUAUGAAGGCAAGAUUUGGGAGGACUUCUUCACAAAGCAUUUUGAACAGAAUCCUGAAAUAAAUGCUGUUCAGCUCCAGAGGAUCUUGAAUAAURUAUCUUGGAGAAAUUUCCAGAAUUUUCGCCUGAGUUUCAGUCUGGAUUCCUGCCAGGGUAUCUUGGCUCUCCUGGAUCUGAAUGCCACUGGCACACUGAGUAUCCAGGAAUUCAGAGUCCUGUGGAAAAGGCUGCUUUUCUAUUUGGAAGUUUUCCAGAAGCGAGACAGUAACAGAUCAGGAAAGCUUGACCUUGUGGAACUGCAUGCAGCUGUACAGGAGACAGGCAUUUCACUCAGCAAUGAAGUCUGUAAUUUGAUGGCAAUCAGAUAUGGUGAYCCUGACUUACAGAUCAGCUUUGAGAGCUUUGUUUGCUUCAUGCUUCGAGUGGAGAUCAUGGGAGAGGCCUUUCGCAACUUAACACAAGAUGGCAAAGGGAUCUAUCUUCGGGAAUCUGAGUGGAUGAUGAUGACACUUUAUUCCUGAGGCAAUGCUGUAGAGGAGAGGACAACCAGACCUGWACCAGGAUGAAGAAGGCUGCCUUGUUUCAACUUCUUACUUCUUACGAAAACUCUUUCCCUCAAGCAGACUUAAGCUAAUAAGCACAGACUUGGUGAACUGAAGUUUUUCUAAUUAACAUAUUUGAGUCCUGUUUCACUUCAGACAGCCCUUCUGAGGAGAAACCAUUGGAUGCCAAUCACUAUGAAUGCAGUGUGACACCCUAGAGCAUGGUGGCUCAGUUGUUGGGGUCACCUACUUCAUGCUGAUGUUAUGCUGCAGUUACAAGCACAUGUGGUAGUGCCCGGAGGCUGUGCUUUGUGAUGGGGCUCUUGAGUCUGAGAGAUAAAUGGCCCCUGUCCUGAGUAGCUUGGCCCUGAUAGAGGGAAUCCCAGUUCUGCUAGGCCCAUGGUAGAGGACUGGAAACUGUGUGCUUUGGGAAAGAAGAGAUAGAGACUUACUGAAUGAAUGGACACUCUUUCCUUGGUCUGACUUGGAAAGGUGAUUUGCAAGCAUUCAAACAAUCUCUUUUGCUUUUAUAAGUUAACAUAGCCCUAUUGAAGUGACCCUAAGUUGAUUUGACCAAGCGAUGAGCUGGGCCUCCAGAUGUUUGUUGUAUGAUGAUUGAGUAUUUAUUUCAGAAACACAGUGGGUUUUCUUUUCAAAUUGAAAAGUAUGGUACAGUUAAAAGUAAACUGAUUAUGGUACAGUUAAAAGUAAACUGAUCCCACAUUGUUUUUAAGUCUCCAGAGACUGCCAGGGAAUGAAUGUUCUCUGUAGCAUGAUAUAGGAGCUGUGUGGUAAAACUUUUGGAUAUUUAUCAAUUAGUUUUUAUAUAGGGUGUGUGUGUACUUCUAAAGGAUSCAGGUAAAUGUAUGUUCUAGUUAAUUAAAUAGUGCAACCUUGGUGUGUGGAUGGGAACAGCGUUGGAGAGCAUGGUGUAAGUGGGACCAUUCAUGUCAAAAUCCAUGAGAGAGUUACUUGAUGCAUCUAUCUGUAGGAUCCUUUUGUACUUUCUUACCAUUAAUUUUUUUGGCUGGAAGUUUCCAUGCUAAGUGCCUGUUACAGGUUGCUGCUUUGAUUUUGACUUUUCUUUAAUUUUUAUUUUUUUUUGCAUUCCUGCAGA